AUGCCACUCAUCGUUUGGCGGGAAAGUGCCGACCCAAACGUCUAUGAGGCCGCGCGGACAAGCAGACUGUUCAAUGGCGUCAUCCCUCCAAGAUAUCCUGUCGCUAUUGCAUUUGCGAAGUCUGAGCAAGACAUUGUCGAUGCGAUAAACACUGCCAUUCAGAAAGACCACCGUGUUUCGGUCCGUGCCGGUGGCCAUAGCUAUGCUGCGUGGAGUCUUCGAUCCGACGCUCUGCUCCUCGAUCUCGGCCAAUAUGUCGAAAUGGAGCUCGAUGAAGAGAGUGGCAUUGUUCGCGCAUCACCAGGCGUGACAGGGGAACAGCUGAACGCCUACCUAUCAGCGAAAGCCCGGGCAUUUUCUGUCGGACACUGCCCUGACGUCGCUCUGGGCGGGUUUCUUCUGGGCGGAGGGAUGGGUUGGAACUCGAACAACUGGGGCUGGGCAUGCGAAAGCAUAGUUGCAAUUGACUUGGUGACAGCGAGCGGUGAGCUCAUUAGGGCAGAUGUGUGUAACAACGCAGAUCUGUUCUGGGCUGCCAGAGGUGGCGGGCCAGCGUUCCCUGGAGUUGUGACGAGAUUUCAUCUUCAAACCCGGCAAGCCCCCAAAGUUACCCGCUCGUCUGUAUAUAUCUAUCCAGCAGAGCACUACACGACUGCCUUCAAUUGGAUAUUAAAGGUACUUCAAACUACAGUAUUCCAAAAUAUCUGCGUUAAGGCCGAGCUGACCUGUCAGAUUGCCUCAAGUGUUGACCAAUUGGUUGAAAUAACCGCUGUUGGAAGCUACAAAGAAGGGGUUCAAGAUGCAUGCCUUACCAUCAUACUUCUUGCAUUCGGCGACGAUGAACAUGCUGUCGGUGACAUCUUGCAAAAGGCAGAUCAAUCACGUCCUGCAGGUCUAUUAUCCCGGUCGUUCUCCGAGGAAACGAGCAUCCACCGCGAAUUAGAGAGCAAAUACAAGGCAUAUCCUAUCGGCCAACGCUACAAGGUCGACAAUGUGUUUCUGAACAACGAUACGGACGUGGCUGAGCUGCUGCGGCCAGCUUUCACCACUCUACCGACGAGACAGUCGCUCGCAUUAUGGUCUUCCAUGAGACCACGGAGCACACGGUCGUUGACUGACAUGGCCCUUAGUGUCCAAUCAGACCAUUACUUUGCCCUCUAUGCAAUAUGGGAAAAUGAGGCUGACGAAGUAGAAAAUGGCGCAUGGGUGGCUGGCGUAAUGAACCAAGUGCAACGCCAGGCAGCGGGUGCAUAUCUUGGCGAACACGAUUUCAAAGCUCGUGCAGCCAGAUUAUGGGGAAGUCAGCAAUACGAGAGAUUGGUGGCUAUCAAGCGGAAAUGGGACCCAAGCAAUCGAAUUUGCGGGUGCCUUGGGCUGGAAGAGCUUGACUAG